AUGAGUUUAGAGGAUACGUUAGCGAACAUGUCAUUAUAUGACGCCAAAAAAUAUUUCCGUAAGGCUCAAAAUGUUGUGUUUAAUUACACUGAGAUGGAGGGUAAAGUCCGUGAAGCGACCAAUAACGAGCCUUGGGGCGCCUCUUCUACUUUAAUGGACCAGAUUUCCCAGGGUACUUAUAACUUCAGAGAAAGAGAAGAAAUUUUGUCCAUGAUCUUUAGAAGGUUUACCGAAAAGGCAGGUAGCGAAUGGAGACAGAUUUAUAAAGCUUUACAGUUACUUGACUAUCUUAUUAAACACGGCUCAGAAAGGUUUAUUGACGAUACUAGAAGUAGCAUCAACUUGAUCAAGAUUUUGGAGUCCUUCCACUAUACAGAUUCUCAAGGAAGAGAUCAAGGUAUCAAUGUCAGAACUAGAGUUAAAGCCCUCAUUGAAUUAUUAAGCGACGAUAGUAAGAUACGCGCGGAAAGAAAGAAGGCAAGAGAAACAGCAAAGAAGUACAAGGGUGUUGCUGGAGGAUCUGUUGCCGCUGAUAGCAGCUUAAAUUCCAAGGCCGGUUUCAAUUCUACGAAAGUACACGGUAUUAGCGUCAGCGCGGAUUUUGAUAGUGAUGAUGAAGAUAAUGGAGAGAACUCUUCCAGAGGAAACGGUUACAGAGAUAGUGGGUCAAGGGAUACCACCACUCCUCAGCCGGAAACACAAGAACCGGAAGAUUUUGUCGACUUUUUCUCCAACGGAUCGUCACAAGUACCCAAAGAUCUCAUACAAGAAAAUAACGAAGGUGAAGGAGACGAUGAUGACGAAUUUUCAGAAUUUCAAAGCGCUGUUCCCGUUUCCAACACUUCGUUCGAUUUGUUAAACUCCAACCCAAUUGGGACCACCGCCACUUCCGCUAAUUCAACAUCUUUCUACAACAAUUCUACUGUCAGUCAGAGCAAUGUUACUCCUGCCAUUGCCGCUGAGCCUAAAAAAGCAGACCCUUUCAGCUCGUUGUUUUCAACAGCCAAGGCAUCCUCAGAAGCACCUAUUACCCCUAAAGUAUCCCAAACUAAUGCCUCCUCCUCAAACCCCCUAUCUAACAAUACGACAGCAUUAAAUAUGAACGAGAACGAUGAUGAUGAUGAAUUCGGUGAAAUGCAUGGUGGAGCUGUCCAACAAGAACAAAACACUACCAAUAAGGGCACUUCUUCUAACGAAAUCGAUUUGCUUUCUUUUUAA